CUUCUGUUGUGCACUGGGUCUUUACAGCCCAGUCCCUGACUGUUCCAUCCAGAGCCCAUGGGGCUGUUGGGUGGCUACGACUCAGAGGAGGAGGAGGAGGACACAACAGCAGCGCCAUCGACAAGUGUGUCGGCCAAGGCUUCGGCCCAAGACGCGGAGGAGUCCUCGAGCGAGGAGGAAGAUGAGCCCGAAAGCAAGCGUGCUCGGCUCGCCGGGCCCAACCCAUUGGGUCUGCUCACGCCAAAGUUUGCGAAGGACGCAGGCCCCAAAGCGACCACACCCGCCGCAAUGGCCUUCGUCCCACCCCAGGUGAGGAAGAAAGGCCGAGUGGUCAGUACAGUCACUGACAACAUCAGUGACCGUUCCUUUGCCAACUCAAAGCCUUCAAAGCCGAGCGGCUGACCAGGCUUGGGCCAGUUCGGAGGCAGGCAGUGCUCGCGUGGCC